AUGAGGUUUAAAAGUUUGCUGAUUUGUCUCAGUUUACAAUUAGCAGCAGUUUUCAUAUUCUGUAUUGGGUUUUUUCCUCAGAAAAGUGUUUUAAAUGGCUCCUCCACCUUUCAAAUUGAAAAAUCUCUCCAACAAGAGGCUCCACCGGUAUUUUCCAAACUUAUUCUAGUAGUUAUUGAUGCUUUGAGAUCCGAUUUUAUAUUUGAUUCCAAUAUCUCUAAUUUCCCAUUUACACAUUCUUUAUUAAAUAACGGGAAUGCAUGGGGGUUCACUGCAUAUUCUAACCCUCCCACUGUAACUUUACCAAGAUUGAAAGGCCUUACUACAGGAUCAACACCAAAUUUCUUAGAUGCAAUUCUAAAUGUUGCUGAAGAUGAUAAUUCUUCAAAUUUGAAAGAUCAAGACUCUCUUUUAAAUCAGUUUUAUUUAAAUAAUAAAAAAAUAAGAUUCUUUGGUGAUGAUACUUGGCUAAAGCUUUUCCCAUUAGACUAUUUUGAGGAACAUGAGGGUACUAAUUCUUUCUUUGUAAGCGAUUUUACCCAAGUUGAUAAUAACGUUACAAGACAUAUUCCAAAACAACUUCAAGAAAAAAAUGAUUGGGAUGUGCUGAUCUUACAUUAUUUAGGUCUAGACCACAUUGGUCAUAAAGGUGGCCCUCGUUCUAAGUUUAUGCCUACAAAACAUGAAGAAAUGGAUGGGAUAAUAAGACAGUUAUAUGAGAAUUUAGAUAACGAUGGUCUAUUAUGCAUUUUAGGUGAUCAUGGAAUGAAUGAACUAGGUAAUCAUGGUGGUUCUUCAAAUGGUGAAACAUCUGCAGCUAUGGUAUUUGCUUCUCCAAAGCUAUCUAACUUUGAAUUACCCUCAAAACAAAAAGAAAUAAAACUCCCAAUUACUAAACCAUCUGAAGAUGAAAAUUCUUUCAAAUACCUCACAGAAAUUCAACAAGUUGAUUUUGUCCCAACUAUUGCCACAUUAUUUAAUUUACCAAUUCCCCGAAAUAGUGUGGGUAUUAUAAUUGAGCCAUUACUAAAGUUGUUAAGAAAUUCUAAAUUAGAAUCUAUUAAAUUAAAAGAAAAUUAUAAGCAAUUAUUGGAUUUAGCUCACAUUCACAGUACCAUGGAUGAUAUUUCUUCAUUAGAAGAUUUUGAGCUGUUUACCAAAAUGGUAUCUAUUCAAGAAGACUUAACAAGAUCUGCAACUAACUAUUUCUAUGAAUUCUUAGCUGCAGGAAUAAUUUCUUCGAUCAUUGGGACUAUUCUUUAUGCCGUAUUGAUUACUAAGGAUUUAAAAUUUAAUGGAAUUGAAAUAAUUUCUAUAAUUAUUUCAUUGCUAAUUGGGUUAUCUAUGUUUGGCAGUAGUUUUGUAGAAGAGGAGCAUCAAAUCUGGUGGUGGAUUGUCACUGGCCUUAUAACUUUGUCAUUAUAUCUAAAACCAAAUACUAAAUUACUACACUUGACACUAUUUAUUUGUGUUAGACUAAUUAGAGGAUGGAAUAACAGUGGGCAGAAAUAUGUUUACGAAAGUACUAUAUCAAACAUUUUAAGUCGAAUUGAAUAUAAAGAUAUGCAGUGGUAUUUAAUUUUAGCCACUAUUACAUUUGUUUCAUUUAAUGAUUCUAUGAAGAACCUUCCAACUUUUGCAAUGUCAUUAUCCCUAGGUGUAUUGGUUUUCAGUUUUAAAGUUUCCUGGUCAAUCACUAAUGGUGAAAAAGUACCGUUUGUAAUUAAAGACAUGGCAAGAACAGUUGUCAAAUUACUUUUCCCAGACGAAAGUAAGGAUAUAAUUUUUUCUUUAGCACUGAAUCCACUAGCUCAAUUAUUUUUUCAUUGUACACUAGGAUUUUUAGUUAUAAAGCUACUAAUUCAAAAACUAAAAAUCGAUAAAACGGUUGAUAACAUAUUUGAUGAAUUAACAAAAGUUAUGAAUCUCGUAGCCAUUAUGCAAACAAGACCUUCAAAUAUUCCAAUGUUUUGUGUUUUUGAAAUUAUGAAAAUGAUUUUGGUUAAAAUAAUAAAACAUGAUUAUAAUUCUAACCCAUAUGUAACAUCUAUCGCGUCAUUAGUUUUACAGCAUUUCACUUUCUUUCAAUUCGGCGGCACUAAUUCUAUAGCAACGGUCGAUUUAUCAAACGCCUAUAAUGGUGUGUCAGAAAACUAUAAUAUUUACUAUGUUGGGCUGUUGAUGACUAUCGCAAAUUUUGCACCAUCAAUUUAUUGGGCUGUAUUUUCCUGGGAUAUUCUCUAUUCUUAUGAUACUAAUUCCAUCCUAAGAAGACAAAAUUUUAUGAAAAGUAAGGUAUUGCCCUUAUUAUUUUAUUUCAUAAUUGGUUGCUUUUUAUUUUUAUCAUGUUUUAUUCUAAGAUAUCAUUUAUUUAUUUGGAGCGUUUUUAGCCCGAAGUUAUGCUACUACGUUGCAUGGAGUAUAUUUAUGAAUUGCAUUGUAGGCUGGGUAUUUGAAGGCAUUUUAGUGCUUGCUCAUUGGUAA